GAAUAACCUACCUAAGUGAAACAGUACGUUGCCCGUUAAAUCCGCUAACAUAUUGCGGUAUCUUAUUCCAUUGAGUUAUUAUCCAAGUUUGAAGAUAUUGCGCCGUAGAGCAAUGCACUUCAAGGCAACAGUUGAUAUUGUUGAUAAUGAAAUGUCUCAUGCUAACUGAGCGGCAGUAGAUCGAAUCGGACCUAGUCACGAUGUCAUACUUAUUUCCUAACCAGCAUAUCCUCCACCAGUCCUUCGGCCCGCCGUUGAACACCAAGGCGCGGGCUACUCCGGCUACCAAGGCCACUCCGUACCAGGCCCGUCCGGAGCUCUACGCAGCCUACUCCGUCGUUGACGACGCGAAGAACAAGACGAAGCAGCUCAGCGCCGAGGCUCAAAAGGAGCUUGACAAAGCUAGCGAUGCUGUCAAGGGUGACAGCAAAAAGCUGGAGCUUUACAGCCCUACUUUCUACGCUGCAGCCACAUUUGGUGGUCUUCUCGCAUGUGGCCUGACUCAUACCGCCGUCACUCCCCUAGAUCUCGUCAAGUGCCGUCGGCAAGUCGAUGCAAAGUUGUACAAGGGAAACUUCCAAGCGUGGGGCAUAAUUCUGCGACAAGAGGGUAUUCCGGGUAUCUUCACUGGUUGGAGCCCGACGCUGUUCGGAUACUCGGCGCAGGGAGCGUUCAAGUACGGCUGGUACGAGUACUUCAAAAAGACGUACUCUGAUCUCGCGGGCCCCGAGAAUGCGUACAAGUACAAGACGCUACUAUACCUAUCUGCUUCUGCUUCCGCCGAGUUCCUUGCCGAUCUCGCCCUAUGUCCGUUCGAAGCCGUCAAAGUCCGCUUGCAGACGACAAUACCGCCACCGUACAAGGGUACGUUCGACGGCAUCAGCAAGAUCACAGCGGCUGAGGGUAUCGGUGGACUGUACAAGGGUCUAUACCCGCUCUGGGGUCGUCAAAUCCCCUACACCAUGAUGAAGUUCGCUUCCUUCGAGACUAUUGUCGAGAAGAUCUACGAGCGCCUCCCGGGUAAGAAGAGCGACUACGGCACGGGCGCCCAGACGGCCGUCUCCUUCACCGGUGGAUACUUGGCCGGUAUCCUCUGCGCCAUCGUCUCUCACCCUGCCGAUGUGCUGGUCAGCAAGCUCAAUGCGAACCGCAAGCCCGGCGAGGCUUUCGGUGCCGCCGUGUCCCGAAAUUACAAGGAUAUAGGCUUUAUGGGACUGUGGAACGGUCUGCCGGUCCGAAUCGUCAUGAUUGGUACUCUCACUGGUCUCCAGUGGAUGAUUUAUGUAAGUGUCAAAUAUUACCUUUUCCCACGGGAACAAAAUCCGUAUUAGUUAAUUGGGCGAUGUGCUAACGACGCGAUAAGGACUACUUCAAGAUGUUCAUGGGUUUCCCGACGACGGGUGGCCCCGCGCCGCCGGAGGAGAAGUAAGGUAGAAGAAGUGCAGAAAGCGAGAUGGUAUGAGAAUUAUCCAGGCGGAUGCGUUGGUACAUGCCUUGCUGCGAUAUUUGCUGAUCCGGCCCGCUUUCUUCAUCGCGUAAAUCUUAGCAGUCGGGUUUGCCUAGGCUCUAAUCAGGGGUCUAGGCGUUUGCGUUGACUGCUGCCCUCCCUUACGUAUAUAGUUAUUUUGUGCCCUAGCAAAGUUUCCUGUUACUACUGAAUAUUCCCAUGUCGUAAUGUUGCCUUGGACUUUUAGAUAGUGCGAACUAGUUACCUCUCUACUCUUAACGAAACGU